AUGCCGAAGGACACUCAGACUCGCAAGAGUGACCUUAGAAAGGGGCUGACCACGGCUCUAACCUGGAGCUUGGCUGCCAUCUUAGAUCCCGGAGGCAAGGAAGGAAGACAAGAUCCAAAGGCUAUCAACCUUUUCAAGGAGACUUACAUUGCUUCAAGGUAUGGAGCCUCUCUGAAACUAGAAGAGGAGGCCCACGCUCAGCAGCGUGUUGGUAAAUGUCGGACCUCAUCUCUCCCAGGAGAACUAAAAAUCCCUGACCAGAGGACAAACAGGAAGGAAAAACAGGAAUUGAAUCCCCUAGCUCGUAGUCAUGUGCUUCUGUUUCUCAGAGACUCGGUUACAGUGAAGAGCUCUCCCAGGACCUGCUUCCUCAUUACCAAAUCCCACAGCUGCGCCACCUCAUCCAGCAAGGCAGAGCUAAAAGACUGCAUAAAGGAAAUCUUGAAAAUACUGCUGCAGAGAUGGAGAGGCAUCUUAUCCAAGAGCGGCCCCCAAUUCAUGUUGCCGAAAAUCCACGACACUUGGGAAGCCCUUCUGAUGACUACUAAUGCAAAAUUGCCCUCACUAGGACAUGGAGAAUGGGUGGUGGUGGCACAGGCGUUAUUGCUACAAAUGGAAGUCCCACCGAGAUCCAAGAAAGAAGGGACGUUGCUGAUGGACACCUGAAAGGUAAGGCUGGCCAGCAAUUUAAAGAAAAAAGAAAAGAGAAGAGAAGGGUGAA